AUGAACUAGCCAAAACCUACCAUCCAACGCCCCUUAUCUCUCAAUCACAAGAAAAAACUCUUUUUCUUGUGAGAGAACAAAUUGAAGACCAUAACUCAAGCUAGCUUUCUCUCACAGCUCACAUACCUAAAACCCUUUUCUUCCUCUUUCUCCACUUCCUCCUCAUCGCCUUCUUCUUCUUCUCCUAGCUUCUUGAUCUAUGUCAAAUAAUGAUCAAAAACAAGAUCCAUUUCAUAAUUAUGGCUCUUUUUAUUAUAAUGAUUCAUCAGUUUUUCCAUUCUUCAACAUCACACCAACACAAAAUCACAUACAACCAGCUGCUGGGUUUGAUCCUCCCUCAAACAUGAGCUUCACUGACUCCUUACAUCUCUCUAUGGACUACAACCAGCUGCAGGGUUUGAUCCAACCAGCUGCAGCCUUUGACAUGUCUUGCUCUUCACCUCAAGUUAUCACUGAUCCCAAUGUUGAAGAAGAUGCUAAGUUGAAGAGAUUUGGUGUUGGGGAUCAAAACCCACCUUCAAAUCCAAAUUCAUCAGUUUCUUCCUCUUCCAACGAGGCCGGACCCGACGAUGAUUCUGACAAGAUGAAGUACAAGCAUCCCAAAGAGACUGGUACUCAUGAAGAUGCAGCACAUGACAAGUCAAAGAAAGUGAAUAACAAGGCUAAAAAGAAAGAGAAAACACCAAGGGAGCCUCAAUUUGCAUUUCUGACCAAGAGUGAGAUUGAUCAUCUGGAGGAUGGUUACAGAUGGAGAAAAUAUGGACAAAAGGCUGUCAAGAUUAGCCCUUAUCCAAGAAGUUACUACAGAUGCACGAGCCAGAAGUGCAAGGUGAAGAAAAGAGUAGAGAGAUCAUUCCAAGACCCAUCAACUGUGAUCACCACUUACGAAGGCCAGCACAACCACCAUUAUCCUGCAACGUUCCGCGGCAAUGCAGCAAGACUGUCCCCUUCUCUUCUGGCUUCAAUUGCCUCCUCGACGCCUAACUUGCGCCAACAACUCCUUCUCACGAGCUUGUUUCCUCACCAAGCUGCUGCUGCUACUACUUCCAGCAUGUUGUCCCAAAACAAUAUUACUCAUCAUCAACAGCAUCAGCAACAACAGGAGCUCCAUUUUCCUCCUGAUUAUGGGUUGUUGAAAGAUUCAUGUGGUCCCUCUUUCUUCCACAAACAGGAGCCAUAACUAGUUAACUAGAAAUUGAUAUCUCUACGUACUCUAUAAAGGUACCUCUACAGAGUUUUCAUUACACACAUAUAUGUCAUUCACUUAAUUAGUUUCAUGGAUGAUGAUGAACUAAUGCCGGCAUCGGCAUGGCUCACACAUAUACCAUUCAAUGCAUAUCCUUGACUUAUUGAUAUAUAUGAAUUGAUGUAGUCAUUCUCUCUGGCAAUCGAAAACCCACUUGUUUAAA